AUGGUUCAGCCCAUUAAUUUGAUUUUUAAAUAUUUACAAAAUAAAACAAGAGUUCAAAUAUGGUUAUAUGAACAAGUAGAUUUAAGAAUUGAAGGACAAAUCAUUGGAUUUGAUGAAUUUAUGAAUUUGGUUCUUGAUGAUGCUGAAGAAAUAAAUGUCAAGAAAAAGUCUAGAAAAUCACUAGAACAACUUUACCUAAUGUACAUGUUUAAACACACAAAAAGAAUUUUACCUACCGUUAGACGAUUGGCCAGACCAUAUUCUACUCCUAAAGAUGAUUUUGUUAAAGCACCUGUAAAGUUUCAGGAUGUUAUUGAUUAUGGUGUUUUUUUAGGAACAGGAGCUGGUUCAUUAUAUGGAAUCUGUAGUAUAAUCGACACUUCAAUUGAACGUUCAAUUGCACUGAUUAAUAAGAACAUUGAACUUAUUGGUAAGAACUUCGAACGUUCAAUCGCACUGAUUGAUAAGAAACUUGAAAAGCUCGAUAAGCUUGAUACGGAUGUCGGCAAUAUAAAAGGAUACCUUAAAAUUAUGGAAAAGAAUUCAGUCGAAAAAAACUGA